GACAGGCAUAAUAAAGGGCAACACGAUGGGGGUCCUUUUUAGCUAGUGAGAGAGCUAACAUGGCUACCAAGCGUAACAAAUCUGAAGUCAUUUAAGAAUAAAUUCCUCAUAUCAAAUCGAACAUAUGAUCACGGACGUGGAUUUUUUGUAUGUCAAAUCCCCUCCCUUAAUUAACCAAGUAUUCUCUACGAUAUCCUUUUUAAACCGUUCAGUGAGGUCAAUUGUCGCUGUGUUGAUAUCGAUUCGAACAUGAAUGACUAUCCUCCAGUAACUGACGCGGAUUCUACAAAACAGCAAGAACGGCAUUACUACCUGUUGUCAGAGCUCCAAGCUUUAGCAAAAGAUUUACCGAGCUCCUUCCAGCAACGCCUGUCCUACAAUACACUUGGCGACCUGGCUCUGGCCCUCAUAGAUGGAACAGUUUAUGAAAUUGUACAGGGGCUUUUGGAUAUUCAGCACCUGACAGAGAAAAAUCUUUACAGCCAAAGGCAAAAGUUGCACUGUGAACACCAAGCCCUAAAGCAAGAUAUAGCAAGGAAGCACAAAGAAGCCCUGCUGUCAUGCAAGUCUCACAACCUGGCACUCCUCAAAUCAAAUCAGCAAGCUGAACAAGAGGCCCUGGAAAUUCGUGUUCGAGAGGAACAAAGAAUGAUGGAUAAGAAGAUUGUGUCUGAGAUUGAUCAAAAAGUUACAGACCAACAGAACACUCUGGAAAAGGCUGGAGUUCCAGGGUUUUAUAUCACUGCCAAUCCUCAGGAGCUGACAAUGCAGAUGAAUUUACUGGAGUUGAUACUGAAGCUUCAACAGAAGGAAUCCCAGUCUGGAUUUCUAUGACAGUGCCAUCAGAUGUAAAAUACACAAAAAAAGUCACCUCUGCAAAAUAAAAAAUAAAUUGUAAUUCUUUAAAAAUACUGGAGCUGAAGUUUGUUAAUGUUGCAGGUUGUAUCAAUAAAUGAGUUGGAGAUGUUCCUGAAAUUAGUCAUAUGACCUUCAUGUAGCUCAUUAGAUUUUUGUUAACUUAUGGUGCCUUUACCGACAAGACUUGCACUGUCCGCUUCCGGCUUAGAGGUUUUUAAAUUUAGCAUGGAAAUGUGAGACAGCGCCUGAUUUUGUUUGAUUUAAUUUGAUUGUGUAUUUAUUUCUUUUGUUUGUUUGUAUGUUUGUUUGUUUGGUUUGUUUAUUGAACAUAAAACAUAUACAGUAAUUGACAGAAAAUAAAGUAAAUAAAGUAGUAAAAAGGAAUGAGAAAUCAGUCAUCAUUCAACAAUUAUGUUCAAGGGAGUAGGAAGAAGUAAAAAACGUAUCUCGUCCUACCCCGUGUUAUGUGUUUAUAUCUAAUAAAUCAUUUUUAUAUCAGAAAAGAAAUAAAGUAACAAGUCUCCAUUAAGGCUCAUAUAUUUACAUAUUUUUACAACUUUUGGUUUGUAUCAGGAUUUUAUACAUACCGGUACACACAUAUUUUAAUAAUAAUUGAGAUACACUGCACUUCUUUGAUUACAAUUUGCUUCUUGUGUACUUUUGGUGUUUUAGGUUUUGUAUAAAUGCAACCAACUUGAAGAAUAUAUAUUUUUGACAACUUGAUUUUCUCUUUUUUAUGCACGCUGUAUAUAAAUGUGAUUGGAAUAAGA